AUGGCAUCUACAUGGAAACCCGCCGAAGACUCUGUGUUGCAACUAGCAACUCUUUUACAGAACUGUAUGUCACCAAAUCAAGAUAUUCGUAAUAAUGCAAUGGAAGCUAUGGAAAACUUCCAGCUGCAACCUGAAUUUCUCAACUAUUUGUGUUAUAUUUUAAUUGAAGGUGAAUCCGAUGACGUGUUAAAACAACAUUACUCCUUACAAGAUCUUCAGAACAAUAGAGCUACUGCUGGUAUGCUGUUGAAAAAUUCAUUGCUAGGGGGGAACAAUUUAAUCAAGAACAAUAGUCACGAUUUAGGAUAUGUCAAAUCGAACAUUAUACAUGGCUUAUAUAAUUCGAAUAAUAAUCUAGUUUCUAAUGUGACAGGUAUUGUCAUUACUACUCUAUUUUCCACUUACUAUAGACAGCAUAGGGAUGAUCCAACCGGUCUUCAAAUGCUCUACCAGUUGUUGGAGCUAACCUCAAGUGGAAAUGAAGCGAGUAUUAAGGCUUUAUCUAAGAUCAUGGAAGACAGCGCUCAAUUUUUCCAAUUAGAAUGGUCAGGAAAUACCAAGCCUAUGGAAACUCUAUUGGAUAGUUUUUUUAGGUUUAUUUCAGAUCCAAAUUUUUCACCAGUGAUUCGCUCAGAAUCUGUGAAGUGUAUAAAUACAGUGAUUCCGUUACAAACACAAAGUUUUAUUGUGAGAUUAGAUAAAUUCUUAGAGAUCAUUUUUCAGCUGGCACAAAAUGACGAAAACGACCUAGUUAGGGCACAAAUUUGCAUUAGUUUUAGUUUCUUAUUGGAAUUUAGACCAGAUAAGCUGGUCUCCCAUUUGGAUGGUAUUGUACACUUCAUGUUGCAUUUGAUCGCCAGUGUAAAUGAGGAAAAGGUGGCUAUUGAAGCCUGCGAGUUUUUGCAUGCCUUUGCGACAAGCCCAAAUAUUCCUGAACAUAUCUUACAACCAUAUGUGAAGGAUAUCGUGCCAAUACUAUUAUCGAAGAUGGUUUAUAACGAAGAAUCCAUUAUUCUCCUGGAAGCUUCUAAUAAUGAUGAUGCAUUCUUGGAGGAUAAAGAUGAGGACAUUAAGCCCAUUGCCCCUCGGAUUGUGAAAAAGAAAGAGGUAGGAAAUGGAGAAGAUGUAGGUGAUAACGAAGAAGAUGAAGAUGAAGAUGAAGAUGGCGAUGUUGAUACGCAAUGGAAUUUGAGAAAAUGUUCCGCAGCAACACUAGAUGUAAUGACAAACAUUUUACCUCAUCAAGUGAUGGAUAUUGCAUUCCCAUUUUUAAGAGAACAUUUGGGUUCCGAUAGAUGGUUCAUCAGAGAGGCCACCAUAUUAGCACUGGGGGCCAUGGCAGAAGGUGGCAUGAAAUACUUUAACGAUGGAUUGCCAGCACUAAUACCUUUUUUGGUGGAACAGUUGAACGAUAAAUGGGCACCAGUGAGGAAAAUGACAUGUUGGACAUUAAGUCGGUUUUCACCAUGGAUAUUACACGAUCACACUGAGUUUCUAAUGCCGGUCUUAGAGCCUAUAAUAAGCACUUUAAUGGACAAGAAAAAGGACGUUCAAGAGGCGGCUAUUAGUAGUGUAGCGGUAUUUAUCGAAAACGCUGAUUCAGAAUUGGUUGAAACUUUGUUCUAUAGUCAAUUAUUGACGAAUUUUGAUAAGUGUUUGAAAUAUUACAAGAAAAAGAAUUUAAUUAUAUUAUACGAUGCCAUUGGCAGGUUUGCUGAAAAAUGUACAUUGGACGAAACAGCGAUGCAAAUAAUUUUACCGCCCUUAAUUGGAAAAUGGGCUUUAUUGUCGGACAGUGACAAGGAGUUGUGGCCACUUCUAGAAUGUCUUUCCUGUGUAGCGUCGUCAUUGGGGGAAAGAUUCAUGCCCAUGGCACCGGAAGUGUACAACAGAGCCUUUAGAAUUUUAUGUCACUGUGUGGAAUUGGAGGCCAAAUCACAUCAAGACCCGACAAUAGUAGUACCCGAGAAGGACUUCGUCAUCACAUCAUUAGAUUUGAUUGAUGGAUUGGUGCAAGGCCUUGGCGCUCACUCGCAAGAUUUAUUAUUCCCUCAAGGGACCAAGGAUUUAACGAUAUUGAAAAUCAUGUUGGAAUGUUUACAGGACUCUGUUCAUGAAGUAAGACAAAGCUGCUUUGCCUUGUUGGGAGAUAUUGCAUAUUUCUUCAAUUCGGAAUUGAUAAUUAGCAACCUGGAGGAUUUCUUGAAGUUGAUUGGUACAGAAAUAAUGCAUAACGAUGAUAGUGAUGGUGCUCCUGCUGUGAUAAAUGCGAUUUGGGCACUUGGGUUGAUAAGCGAACGUAUCGAUUUGAACACUUAUAUCAUUGAUAUGUCUAGAAUCAUUCUAGAUUUAUUUACCACCAACACACAGAUCGUAGACAGUUCAGUGAUGGAGAAUUUGUCCGUGACCAUCGGAAAAAUGGGGCUAACACACCCUGAAGUUUUCAGUUCUGGCGCGUUUGCCAACGAUUCCAACUGGAAUAAAUGGUGUCUAGCGGUGAACGCAUUGGCCGAUGUAGAGGAAAAGAGCAGCGCGUACAUGGGUUUCCUAAAGAUUAUCAAUUUGACCAGCACAGAGGUCACGAUGAGUAACGAUACCAUUCAUAAAAUUGUUUCAGGCUUGUCAAACAAUGUGGAGGCGAAUGUUUUUGCGCAAGAGAUCUACACCUUUUUGAUGAACCACUCCGCUCAGAUUUCCACUAUAAAUUUCUCGCCCGAUGAAAUUUCCUUUCUACAGCAGUUCACCAACUAA